AUGGAUCUCAAGAAUCUAUCCCCUGAUGGAGACUUUCUGCGAUGGCGGCCACAAUACCAUCUGCAACCACCCGCUGGCUGGAUGAAUGACCCCUGCGGACUUGGCUACGACCCCAGCACGGGUCUCUACCAUGUGGCCUACCAAUGGAACCCUGAGUCGGCUCACUGGAAAAGCAUAUCUUGGGGAAACGCGCGAAGCAGAGAUCUGUGUUCGUGGGAGGUCUCAAGCACUCCUUCUAUCACUCCAGAUUCAGACGGUGGUAGCGAAGGUGUGUUUACGGGAUGUCUUCGACCAACAAACGUGAAUGGUCAGGCCGAUGGAGUGCUGACCAUCCUGUACACCUCUGCUCAGAGACUUCCCCUUCACUACACGCUACCAUACGUCCGCGGCUCCGAGCGUAUCCACAUGGCGACAUCUAGUGAUGAUGGCAAGUCUUGGACACCAUACACAGGGAACCCCAUUGUCCCAAAACCACCUCCGGAUAUGGAAGUCAUUGGUUGGCGCGAUCCGUAUGUGGCCGAGUGGCGUUCCAUGGACCGUGCGCGUGGCAGAGAGCCUGGCAAAUGCUUAUACGGACUCGUGUCUGGCGGUAUCAGGGACAAGGGGCCGGCCGCUUUUCUGUACGCGAUCGCAAAGGACGCGUUGAACUCGUGGGAACACCUAGGAUCGUUGUGUGGUCAAGGCAUCAACUACACGCCGUCUCUAUGGACCGGCGACUAUGGCGUUAACUGGGAAGUCGGCAAUUUCCUCUCCUUGACGGACAGAUCAGCGACACCUCACGACUACCUCAUCAUGUCCGUGGAAGGAUGUCUAUCAGAGCAGGGAACGCCGCACAACACACAAAUGUGGAUGCACACAUCGAUAAGGAUAGACGAAGGGAAACCGACCAUGACAUUCGACUACGGAGGCCGUCUCGACCACGGCAGAAGAUACUACGCCGCCAACUCGUUCUGGGACCCGAUCUCGCAACAUCACGUCGUGUUCGGAUGGCUUCAGGAGCACGACCUCCCCGAGAUGUGGCACGACAGGCAGGGCUGGUCGGGGAUGCUCUCGCUCCCCCGGGUGGUCAAGCACAGCGAGAUACACUCCGUCUGCGGCACCCUGGCCACCCCUUUGGGAAAGAUCACCUCGAUCGGAAAAUCACAGGACCCCCGAGACACAUACACCGUAUCCACACUCGCGUCGGCCCCACAUCCAGCGCUCGAGAAACUCCGUGGAAACCUGUUACCAUUUCCCACACCGGCCAAGAAGCACGCUGCAGCCAUGUUUGCCCGCCCGACGGAGCACCUCGAGAUCGACGUAUCGUGUUUGCUGGCGCAGGGUACCCGUCGCGUGGGACUAUCGAUCCUGCACUCCUCCGACGCCAAGCAGCGUACGACCAUGUACUUCGACGCAGCAGCAGAAACGUUCGUGAUCGACCGGUCGCACUCCACGACCGUUGCCUACGUGAACACAACUCCAGAGAUGGCGCCCCAUACUUUAUUCCGCUUCCGCGACCCAUCCGGCACCGUGACGCGGGAACCGCUCGACGUGCGAGCCUUCUACGACGUCAGCGCGCUCGAGGUGUUUGUCAACGAGCGCACCGCAGUCGCCACGCGCAUCUACCCCGACCGGGCGACUUGCUUUGGAGUGGAAGUCUUUUUGGAGGCUGAGUCCGGCUCGGAAGGAGGAGAAGUGGCAUGGAGGCGCAGUCAAUGUUGGGAGAUCCGCCCCCAACCAGCAAGUGUACCAUAG